CCCCGGUCAGCCUCGGUGCGCGCUGGGCGCCGCCGCGGGUCCCCCGGCCCCAUGAGCCGCCAGCUCGAGCCCCGCAGCCCCGCCGCGCUCCUGCCCCCGCCGGCGGCCCGCCGGAGCGCCCCCGCCAAGCGCCUCCUCCUGCAAGACGGCGCCGACGAAGCGCCCGCCGCCAAAGGCGCCCGCCUCGCCGCCGUCGAGUGCUCCGCCGCGGCGCCCCAGGACUGCCUGCUCAGCGCGCCGGCCUCGCCGUGCGCCCCGGCUUGCCCGGGCAGCGGCGGCGGCAGCGCGCAGGGCCCCAGCCUCGUCGCCGGCUACCUGCUGCUGCCCUUGCCCGACAGGGAGCACGUCUCUCGGGCGCUCGACGUCAACACCGGCCGGGAGCUGCGCUGCAAGGUCUUCCCCCUGAAACACUACCAGGACAAAAUCCGACCUUACAUCCAGCUCCCCUCGCAUAGAAACAUCACCGGCAUAGUGGAAGUCAUUCUCGGGGAAACCAAAGCGUACGUCUUCUUCGAUAAGGACUUUGGCGACAUGCAUUCCUACGUGAGGAGCUGCAAGCGGCUGCCGGAGCAAGAGGCUGCGCGACUCUUCAAGCAGAUUGUCUCAGCAGUGGCUCACUGUCAUCAGUCGGCCAUCGUGCUGGGCGACCUCAAGCUCAGGAAGUUUGUUUUUUCAAGCGAAGAAAGGACGCAGCUGAGGCUGGAAAGUUUGGAAGAUACCCACAUCAUCAAAGGGGAGGACGACGCCUUGUCAGACAAACACGGCUGCCCAGCCUAUGUCAGUCCAGAAAUCUUAAACACAACGGGGACCUAUUCUGGAAAGUCGGCUGAUGUUUGGAGUUUAGGAGUAAUGCUGUACACACUCUUAGUGGGACGCUAUCCUUUCCAUGACUCGGACCCUAGCGCCCUGUUUACAAAAAUCCGCCGUGGACAGUUCUGCAUUCCCGACCACGUUUCUCCUAAAGCCAGAUGUCUCAUCCGUAGCCUGCUGAGACGAGACCCCUCUGAAAGACUUACCGCUCCAGAAAUUUUGCUCCAUCCUUGGUUUGUUGCUGUUUUGGAGUCUGGAUAUGUUGACCAGGACACGGGAACCUCUGAUCAAAUUGUUCCGGAGAGCUCUAGAGAAGAUGACGAUAUCAGUUUCUUUUUCUGCUAGUCCUGAUUCACCUCUUGGGAGAAGAACGUUGUAUCCAUGUUACAGCCUUCCUUGUGUUCUGGUUAACUUUGUUUUCCAAGUUGUAAAUGCAUCGUGUUUCAAAAUCCAGUUGUGGUCCAGGACAGAAGCCGUCAUCUUAAGCGCACUGCCUCCAAAGUUCCAUUCCCCCACCCCCCUAUCUCUGUGGAAGCACGCCAAAACAGAAAGCUGUAAUCCUCUGCCUGGUUUAAUUUGGGCAGUUCCCCACUGAACUCCAUGGGGAUGGCUGGUACUCGGACUGCUUAGCCUAUAAUUCUGGACAACCUUGCUCUCUGGACUUGAAUGGGACAACAUACUCAAACGAGCACUUCGAAAAUUUCAGUCUUUGUUCGAUUCGUUUUUUAAAGAAACAACACAACACGGUCUGGGUUUUCCUUGCUCCAUGUGUAAUAUAUAUUCAGAUCCACAUGGACUUGCUGUGCUGGCAACUUUACGCUGCUGUAGCAACUAGAGGACAGCCAGCUGGAUUCUUAAAUAUCUCCUUCAUCAUAAAAUGACAGGGCUGUAAGCUGGGCGUUGAUUACAGAAUCUUUUUUGCCCAUGAUGUAAGAGAGAAUAUGCAGCCACAAUUCUUGCCUUCCUCCAAUGCCAGGCAGAGCACAUGAUAGUCAUAGUGCAGAAAGUAAUAAGAUCAUCUCUGUAAAAAGCGACAUCAUUGAUUUCAAAACCAGAUCUCCAAAUGAUGGGAAUGGUGCCCUCCAGGCUGAAUUUCUCAAACUUCUUCCAGAGCAAGCACUGGGUGUAAUCUGCUUGAAAUCAAUGAGAUUUUCUUCAGUCUGAAAAACCGUAGCCUUCCGGGCAGGUCCUUUUCUAUAUUCUGGUUUGCAAAUCUAGACUACUAAAACUGAACUUAACCACUUCAUCCACAAUGGUUUGAGCUGAGGUCUGAAAUGUAAACUUGCUCCUUUGUGCAAUUUCAUAUUAGGUUGGCUUAAAUCCAAGGGCUACAGUUCAAUCGAGUUGGGGCUGGAUCCGAUUGGUAAGCCUGAUCACAGCGUAUGAUAUUUUAAAAGGGUUUACUUCUGAGGCUCUGAUUUAAGUUGGUUGGAAGCUGGACAACUUAGCAAAUUCGAGGGAGUUUGCACAAAUUGUAAUUUGACUACCCUGGUCAGAUGUAUUUGUUUUGCUUACUUUGUCUAAGACCAGAACCUUGAAAAUGACUCGAUCUCCAGUGAUUGGCUUCGACAGGAGGCAAAUAUCCACCCCUUAUUCUUGAACAUUUAUUUGGAAGUCUGAUUUCAGUAACUCUUGCUUCCAUGCAAAGUGUUUAGGUGUGAACUGUACAUUCAAAUGCCUGCCUUUGAAACGGGUGCUGUGAUCAUGCUACCAAUCUCCUACCUGUAUGGCUGUUAAAUCCCAGCUGGUAGUCUGAUGCAACCCAAAGACCAGCCGUAGAAUGCUUUUAAUCCUUUCGACUUAUCCCUGACUCCUCGUGUAAACUUAAGCGUUCCUUCUGAAAGAAGAAAAAUGGCUGCGGUUGUCAAAUGUGUUACUGUAGCAGGUAGCCAAGGACUCCUUUUGACCUUUCUCCCUGCCGUUUUCCGCCCCAGACAAUUCAUAUCCUAAGAAGGCACGGAAGUGGCGUUCAUAGUGUGUGUGUGUGUGUGUGCGUGCGCGUGUGUGUGUGCGCGCGCGUGCGUGCGUGCGCGCGCCUUGCUGAGAAGAUGAAUGCUCAGCCAGCCUUGUUACUGACUUUCACCGGAUGCACCUUUGUGGUCAAAGAGAUGUGGGUGUGUAAAUGAUACCGAGCUGCUGCUGGUAUCUUUAUGAAGCUGUCUAAUCUUGUGUUUCACUAUCUCUGCAAUCUUGGAAGGCGGCUGUUGUUUGCAUCCUAUGUAGAUGGGGAACCUGGGCAGCCAGAAGGUGACUUGUGCCAGGCUUGCCCAACUGGUCAGGGGCAGAGGCGGGCUUUGAUUCCCUACCUCUUGAAUCACACGCAUCCAGUUCUAGGCCAAAACCUCACUGUUGAAUUUAAGAAAAGUAAGCAAGAGCAGAGACAGGACUCCCAUGUUCAGCAGUGUAGGUCCCCACUUUAAAAGACCUCAGGUAGCAGAGGCUUGGAAAGACUGGGGGCCUUGGAGAGCUGCAGAUAUCUCUGGGCUAGACUGACCAAGAAUCUUUGCAUAAGAUCCCCUUCCUACAGUCAACACUGAAGCGAUAGCCAUGGUGCUGAAUUUUCUAUCCUGUUAAACAUAGCUAGCGUUUGUAAAGAACAGUUCUUCUCUGGCAAGUGGUUUGAAAGGGCUUUCUUCCUCAGCUUGCCUAGGUCUCUUGCAUCAAUGCCGGUGGGCGUUGCUUUGAAAGUGGAAUUGUGUAUCUAAAUACCAAAAGGCAUCAGCUAAGGGUGGAGUGGACCUAACCUGAGAAGCAAUGAUAAGCCCUAUCUCAUUGCAUAUGUGUUUGUGUGUAUGUGUGUCUUCACCUUUUGUUUUGGGAUUUGCAUUGCAUCCUCGCCCUUUCUACCAAAGGAAAAAUAAUUACCCAUUUCAGUGAGCAAACAAAACAAUAACCUGAUGUCCCUAUCUGAAUAUUCCUUCUGGAGAUCUUUCUAAUCCCUUCCUCUUUCUUCCUUCUUGCUCUGGCUGUGAUAAUUUUUCACUUGAUACCUGCUCUUGGAUAAAGAAUACACUUGAAAUGUUGUUCUCCCGGGUGAACUUUCCAGAAAAGAGGAACUGCUUCAGUUUGGUGACUUGAUCUACUGCCCCCGUGACUAGGCCCAGAAGAUUUUGUUAAUUGGAAGAUGGCUGGUCCUCCUUGUCUUGUGAGUGUGCCAUAGGUGAGCAUAGGCAUGAGUUGAAACUUUAAACAGAGAACUUUGUGCGCACUUAACUUGCAAGCCUGUAUGUGUAUACACAUGCACAGAAUCAACUAAAUUUAAACACAGUUGUAUACAACCUCUAACAUGACUUUGUUCAUUGAGAGUAGAGUUACGAAGUUAAGCCAGCUGUGGUUUUACUUUCCGAAUAACUCUGAUAAAUACGUUCUGUGUUGAGUUAUUUGAAUUUUUUUUUAAAAAGGCUGAAUAUCCUCACACAAACAUCAGUUCCCAGAAUGCUUUGAGGGAGAGGCAAGUGGUACAAGAAGAAACCAGUUGGGCUUGUACAUUGAAGUAUGUAAUAUUGAUGUUCCCAACGAAUUGGGAUACAUCUAAAAGUUAUUUUUUUAAAGCAAGUUCUUAUAAAGAAGGUAGGCCACUGUGCUUUGGAGAGAGCUUGGCCGUACCUAAUCUGCUGUGUACUUAGUACAAUGACAUCUUAUCAUUAAAGAUAGCUUUAAAAAAAAUGGCUGUAAUAUGUGUAUGUCCUGAAACCUGAGGUGUCAGCAGUUUAAAUGUGAAUUAUGGCUGGCAAUACUAACGACAGAAUCAAGAGAAUUAGUUGAAAUUUUAUAUUUUGACCUUUGAUUGCACUAAAGCUCUUGUGAUUGCUUUGAUAUAUAUUUGUAUCUGUGAUACAGUUUUUUUUAAAAAAAAAAUCUCCUCAAACCUGCCUCUGAACCUGUAUAUAUUGGUAGGUGCCAAGCUAAUAACACUAUGUCAGAUGUCUGUAAAUAUGUACAUAUUUGAAAAUGAAGAUGUAAAAUUCCUGUACAAAAUGUUUAAUAAAUCUGGUUUCAU